AUACACAGUACAGAGCGCCGCCACAGCUCACAAUUAACCUUGGCAACCAUGGAUGAGCUCUUGUACAGAGCUCUCCUCCUCUCCGUGCUCGCCGUCGCGCUGCUCCAGAUCAUCAAGGCGUUCCUCAUCAUCAUCAGGGCAAAGCCGGCGGCGCCGCCCCUGCCGCCGGGGCCAUGGAGGCUGCCGGUGAUCGGCAGCAUGCACCACCUCGCCGGGAAGCUGCCGCACCGCGCGCUCAGGGACCUCGCCGCGGCACACGGCCCGCUGAUGAUGCUCCGGCUCGGCGAGACGCCGCUGGUGGUGGCGUCGUCGAGGGAGAUGGCGCGGGAGGUGCUCAGGACGCACGACGCCAACUUCGCCACCCGCCCCAGGCUGCUCGCCGGCGAGGUCGUGCUCUACGGCGGCGCCGACAUCCUCUUCUCGCCGUCCGGCGAGUACUGGCGCAGGCUCCGGCAGCUCUGCGCCGCCGAGGUGCUGGGGCCGAAGCGUGUCCUCUCCUUCCGUCACAUCAGGGAACAAGAGAUGGAGAGUCAAGUGGAAGAGAUCCGUGCAGCAGGACCAUCGACGCCAGUGGACCUCACCGCAAUGUUCUCCUUCCUGGUGAUCAGCAACGUCUCCCGUGCAUCCUUUGGGAGCAAGCAUAGAAAUGCCAAGAAGUUCCUUUCAGCUGUGAAGACCGGGGUCACUCUGGCUAGCGGUUUCAAGAUCCCCGACCUCUUCCCGACAUGGCGAAAAGUGCUCGCCGCGGUGACUGGCAUGCGGCGUGCCCUAGAGGACAUCCACAGGGUUGUGGAUUCCACCUUGGAAGAGGUCAUAGAGGAGAGAAGAAGCGCAAGAGAAGACAAGGCCAGGUGCGGCAUGGUGGGCACCGAGGAAAACCUCGUCGACGUGCUCAUCGGCUUGCAUGAGCAAGGUGGUUGCCUGAGUAGAAAUAGUAUCAAGUCAGUGAUAUUCGAUAUGUUCACGGCUGGAACAGGCACAUUGUCAUCAACAUUGGGUUGGGGUAUGUCAGAACUGAUGCGGAGCCCGAUGGUGAUGAGCAAAUUACAGGGUGAGAUCCGAGAAGCGUUCUAUGGAAAGGCAACGGUGGGAGAGGAGGACAUUCAGGCGAGUCGCCUCACCUACCUAGGAUUGUUCAUCAAGGAGACUCUUCGCUUGCACCCGCCGGUUCCUCUCCUAGUGCCCCGAGAGAGCAUUGACACGUGUGAGAUCAAAGGCUACAUGAUCCCAGCGAGGUCCCGCAUCAUUGUAAAUGCAUGGGCUAUCGGGAGGGAUCCACGAUACUGGGACGAUGCUGAGGAGUUCAAACCUAAGCGCUUCGAGAAAAACAUGGUCGACUUUACAGGGAGUUGCUACGAGUACUUGCCUUUUGGUGCAGGAAGAAGGAUGUGCCCUGGCGUAGCCUACGGGAUCCCCAUUUUGGAGAUGGCGCUUGUGCAGCUCCUCUAUCACUUCGAUUGGUCGCUGCCGAAGGGUGUCGUAGAUGUGGACAUGGAGGAGUCAUCUGGCCUCGGUGCACGACGCAAGACGCCUUUGUUACUCUGUGCGACGCCAUUUGUUGUUCCAGUAUUAUGAGGCACAUUCAAGAUGUGCUAGUUGAUUGGUGUAGAAGUCCUUUUUCUUUUUAAUUGUGUGAAAUUUUCUUUUC